UAUUUUCACUAGUGAGAGAAAAAAAUGGAUGCAUUCAGAGCACUUGGAAAUGAGUCGCUGUUGUCUGGUUUCUCUGGUCCUGGCAGAUGGGAUCCCUUUCGUCGUCCCUUGGAUUCCAUCCAGCCCUGGCACUUCAGGCUUCUGGCAGCAGUAAUGCUGGUGGUGACCUCCCUGUCACUUGCUGAGAACCUGGCUGUGAUCCUGGUAACUUUUAAGUUCAAGCAGUUGAGACAACCUGUCAAUUAUGUUAUAGUGAAUUUAUCUGUGGCUGAUUUUCUGGUCUCAUUGACUGGUGGCACCAUCAGCUUUUUAGCCAAUCUAAAAGGUUAUUUUUAUAUGGGAUACUGGGCUUGUGUACUGGAAGGAUUUGCUGUCACAUUUUUUGGUAUUGUUGCUCUCUGGUCUCUUGCGCUUUUGGCUUUUGAGCGGUACAUAGUGAUCUGCCACCCACUGGGAAAUAUGCGCUUGAAGGGGAAGCAUGCUGCCUUAGGUAUUGCCUUUGUGUGGACCUUUUCCUUCCUUUGGACCAUCCCACCAACUAUGGGUUGGAGCAGCUACACCACCAGUAAGAUUGGAACUACUUGCGAGCCUAAUUGGUAUUCGGGAGCUUAUACUGAUCAUACCUACAUUAUUGCAUUUUUCACCACCUGUUUUAUAGUGCCUUUAUUGGUAAUUUUGGUAUCGUAUGGAAAACUGAUGCAGAAGCUAAGAAAGGUGUCAGAUACUCAAUGCAGGCUGGGAACUACCAGGAAACCUGAAAGACAAGUGACUAGAAUGGUUAUUGUUAUGAUCAUUGCAUUUCUAAUCUGCUGGAUGCCGUAUGCUGCCUUUUCUAUCCUAGUCACUGCAUAUCCUUCCAUUGAAUUGGAUCCUCGUCUGGCAGCAAUUCCAGCUUUCUUUUCCAAAACAGCUACCGUUUAUAAUCCAAUUAUUUAUGUCUUUAUGAACAAACAGUUCAGGAAGUGUCUGGUUGAGAUGUUCAGCUGCAGUGCCAUAGAGACUGCAGAGUCCAACAUGAACCCGACUUCAGAGAGAGCAAUGCUAACCCAGGACAAAAGAGGCAGUGAGUUGUCCGUCAUGGCAGUACGUAGCACCGUUUCUAAGAGGAAAACUGGAGAUGAACACAGAAAUUGCCCUUCUCUUGCUCAGUUGGCAGCUUCAGAAAAUAAAAUCUGGCCCAUGUAGGGAGUGAGAUGUGAUCAUUAAUGCAGUACUACAGCAUAUUUCCUUGUUACCAUCGCUUCAUAUAAAAAAUGUCAUGGCAGACAUUAUGCUCAGUCCUGUGGACACUGGCUUUGAGAUUCUGAGCUCCUGAGUGAAUGUACAAGUUUCUUGGCUCUGCAGUUGCAGUCAAACGCCCAGCCAAAAAGUUAGUCCCUUCCUCUAUUAUGUUAGUCCUCUAUUAUCCACAGCCUCCUUGCCCCGGUAAUAAAACUAGAGAAGCCCAAUAUUUUUAUGCUGGCAUGUGACACAAUAAGGAUAAGAGAGUUUUACACUGAUGACUGC